AUGGAGAUCAACAUACAAAUCAAGAAUGCGCAGCCCGAAGACCUGCUGCAGGCGUUUGCAGCACUGAGCGGAGGAGCUACAUCCUCAACGACAGCGGCAUCCCCAACUGCAGCUUACACCUCAGACCAAGGGAGACCGCCAUUGAAAAGAAUUCGCAAAGAAGCCCGUGCCACGACGGCUGCAACAAGGAGAUCCCCGAGCCUAUUAUUCAGUCAAGAAGAGCUCCAGGCAUUGCAGGCAGCGAACCCACAGGGAGCAACGCAAGACUCCACAGCCGAGGACACCGAGCAGAGUGCAGUUGGAUCUGGUGCACAGGCAAAGCGGAAAGCUCAGCCAUUUUCUGCAUUCCGCAAGCACGAGGGACGCACUAUGUCCCCUCGGCCUUACACCAACUUGGAGCAGGAGAAGCUCCGCCUACGCCGAGACCCACAUCCUCGUCGGGAUUGCCUGCACUACCACCAGUACCACUAUCAGCAACAUCAAGUGCAAAAGCCGCCAGACCCCUGCUGGCGCGAAAGAGACCUAUUGACUCCAGAUCUCCGAGACGCAAUUCCUCACGAAGGAGACAACAUCCAGAUCUCGCUCCCCCAGGGCAAUGCAGCGCUCCAGGGCAUCGGGCCUCAGCAGCACAGGAUCACCAAUGGGGUUCUCUUGGAGCAUGACCUAACAUGGGACAGAGGAGGAGAUCCAACUCCAGAGACAAUGGGGAGAUUCUAUUUCUUGCAGUCUUCGGAUCUUACUCUGCAAGACCCUCCUCUACCGACUCGGCAAGAAAAGAUCCUGCUUUGGUCGCACGCAACAGAUGUGGGGGCUUUAUUCAACAUGUUGAAAGAGCGAAACAUGCGUCCGAUGAACGCGCAUGGAGUGGCAGCAUUCGGCUGCAACAUAUUCUAUGCGCUCGGCCACGAGAUGUCCGGAUCCGACAUCGACGAACACAACCUGACCCGGGUGAUUUUCAACACCACCCGCAGCGCCAAGAACUUGGCAGGCAUCGUCGUGGGUGGCCGUGCAUGGGGAUCUCUCCGCAAACACCUUGGUGGAUCCUAUGAAACAGCUCGUGCAGCCACUGAAGAGGAUGAGGUGCUCAAGGAUGCGAAUGCAAAAGCUUAUUGCGUAUCUCGCAACAGAUAUUGCUUUACAUGCAUUGCUUUUGAGCAGCUGAUGACGCCGCCUUCCACAGCGAACACCCUCAUCUCCCAGUACCAGAAAGCUGCAGGCAUAGCUCCACAAGAAAAUUUCACAAGCAAUGGCGAACACAUGGACUGGAUAUUGGCCCCAGGGAGCAUCGGAUACGACGUGGUGGGCAUCAGGCAGUGGGAGCGCAUCAAGCCAAGGCGACCCAAUAUGGUGGUCUCAAGCAUCGAUGCCGACUCCAGCAUCCACGCCGACGCCACCAUCCACGCCGACGCCGGCAUUCUUGUCGACACCAGCAUCCUUACCGACGUGGCCACCUAUGCCUCCACCCGCACACCGGCGACACCGGCAACCACGGCACGGGUACCACUUCCUAGUCAGUUUUCAGAGGACCCGGACCAUUAUGAUACGAACCUCGUAUUCAAAGCAACUUUGAAGAGGACCAUAGAGCCCACGGCUUGGAGCCGUGCCAAAGGACUUGCAGGCAUGGACAUCCGCGAUGUCACCGUUGCACAUCUUUGCAGACAUGGCAUGGAGGAAUUUGGACUUCGAGGACUUUCCCACGGCAAGUUCACCGGCAUGAUUUUGACCCGCAACAUCGCCGAGAGCGUCUUCCUCUCCCAGCUUCAAAAGAAGCUCCGCGAGAACAACAUCGACGUCGAUGCCACCGUCGACGCCCUCUACAAAAGCAAAGGACAAAAAGCCCCUGACAAGGUGAAAGAGGCCAUUACCUUUGUCACACCCUUCGUCGACACCAUCCUUGACGCCAUCAAGCCUUGGGCACAGGUACGCAACUAUGCCACCAAGAACACCGACGGCGACAACCAAGCAGCUCAGCGCAUGCAGGCCCUGGAGGAGCAGACCGCAAAGUACAAACAACGCCUGCGCAGCGCCGGCAUCGAGGUCACCCCCCAGAAGUCCCUGCCGCUGCAGAAUGAGCCAACAGAUGGCCCAGAAACAACAGCGGCACCACCAAAGCGAAGACGCCUUACAAAGGGAGCUAUCAAGCAGCGCAACGAGGACAUCCUCGCCGAGCCCCACAACGUAAUCCGUACCAGUGGACAAGAGCCACCGACAAGUAUGACCUCGAUUGCAACCUGGGUCACCAAUCUCAAGAAGAACCUCCCCGAGAAAAGCGCUAAGUACACCAAGGCAGAGCUACAGGAGAUGGCGACACGAUGGGGACUCCCCAUUUCUCUCACUACAGCGCCAAAGGCUUCGCCCAAGAACCUUCAGCAGCUGAUCGCGGCCGUCACCUACCUCGCCGUGUGCGCGGUUCCAGAGCUCUACACGUUCGAGAAAUUCUCCCAGCCCUGUGCAGUGUACGUCAAGCUUUUAUUUCCAAGGCUCAACAAGCAAGCCUAUGCGGCUGCUACCCGAGAUGCAUCCUUUUGUUACAUCGGAUCCACCAACAUCACUGUGGCCAAGAGAGAAUACAACAGAGUCGCAAAACUUCGUCAACUACAACAACUCAAACUACCCAAAACCGAGAUUGCCAUUCGAUAUUGGAACGACUCCCAGACCUACCAGCACUACAGCACCAUUCUUCUUUCGCAACACUCGGAGUACAUUGACGCCUGGGCCGAAGAACACAGCCUGAUUCAGAGAUGGCAGCCCAAGCUGAACUACCCGUAUGUCACGAAGGAGCUGGUCAAGAAGGCGCAUGGCUUGGCCCAAUUCUGGAAGCUCUUGUAUUCCAUAUCCAGCGACACCAAGCAAGAAUUUGAGGCCUCCAAGGAGCUGCGCAGCGGCAAGCACGACGCGGAAACAGCUACCCUGCUCUACAGACUCGCCAACCACAUGGAGCAGCCGUGGAGAUCAAAAGCCCGAGCCAGACUACGCAAAGUCCUGCAGUUCAAGAACGCGUCGAUCCCAAAGCACAACAAGCCCCUAAAAGUUCCUCUCCUUGCACAUGCGUCGCAUCGCACCAACAUGGAAAAGUACCUGGUGCGACUCAGCAGUACUCACCGACAUGUACUUAUACCAUACCAUCUACCCACCAAGACAGUCCAGGAGGCAACGCAUCCCUCUCUACAGCAAGUUCUUUGGAACCACAAGCGGAAAGUCACCGAUAUGGGCAGACACUGGAAGGCUACAGAGUGUCAGUGCGCCAAAUUCAUCAAGCAACAUCCGCGAGCACAAGUACAUGAAGGACACGUAGUCACUGGCUUGGAAACCCUGCAGCUACCCCACACACACCAGACCUUCCGCAACGUUGGGGCCGGGAAUGCCUUCUACUCCUCCAAGCAGCGCAUCAAGAGACAACAUCAAGAACAAUUCCAACGAUGGCUCAAGCACCACCAAUUUCCUCGAGAUCAACGCAUACUUGACGACUUUGACGCUUUCUUCGAACAAGAGUGGAAGCAUCAUAAACUACAGCUUCAGCGAGAGCCACGACUCACGCACAGACUGGCAAAAAACAUCUUGGCCAUGAUCCCUGACGACUACAUCGUGCACAACGAGGACCAUGCCAACGCGCACCUCAUGAUCUACUGCCCGAACAUCUACAACCAAGCAGCCUACAAUACUUGGAUGGACAAACAAACAUUCCGAAUGUUAGACGCCGACCCUGACGAGAUCAAGCAGAACAUGCAGAACAAUACCCCCAAGGUGGUCGCCAAGCACUAUGCCAAGCUCCUCGCCUACGAAAACACUACAACAGAUGUUGAGGAUAACCUGGCCCAACACCAACUCUUCCACAACAACGAGCACCUGUACCCGGAGCGACACUUGAAAUUUCUCAACCACGAUUUGGUCGGCUUCUUUAAUUCGAUACCACAAUCCGAUAUCCUACAAAGCAUCCACUUCCUCACCUCCCAGUUCCUUGACGAGCACAACUCCACCAUCAGCGUCGAUCCUCACAGCAAGAUCGCACCCGCACAUUCCGGCAGAUCAACGCACAGCCUGAAGUCCAACAUGGUCAAGGUGCAGGCAGAACACAUACCCGCCAUCAUCCAGUUCAGCUUCGAUGCUUGCGCUUUCACAGCCAUUGGGGAGGUCUUUCAGCAGACUUGUGGCACCUCCAUGGGAAACCAAAUCAGUCCCAUCCUCUCGACAUGUGCAAUAGUGGCCACAGAAAUCACAUGGCUAAGAAUGUAUGGCCAGUUCGUCAGCAACGCCCAUCUCCACGACAAGUUCUGGAUUCGCAGGUACGUCGACAACAGAGCCAUCAUAGUCGAUGAAGAUGAGCUUCAGCACAACCCCUACAUCCAGCAGCUUGCAUCCCUACACUUCUACAAGAAGCCAGUACAACUGGAAGAUGAAGCGUGUGAUGAUUUUCUGGGAUUUCGCAUUCACGCAGAUAAUCGCCAAAUUACCUACAAUCUCCACCGAGAAGCUUGGAGAUGUCGACUUCCCCAGUCAGCCGGCUCCACAAAGCUACGCCUCAGCGGGCACCACAGCAGAAAACACCUCAUCCGCACCAUUGCCUACCCUGAAGAUGUAGCCAAGAGACAACUACAAGAGCUGGACGACCUCUACGGCGACUUGGGAUUUGCGCGCCUUCUCGAAAACUCAGCAGAGUCCCGACACAUGCAAGGUCUUAGCAAUUGUGAUGACUCAGCCACUUUUCUUCAGUUUCUUCAGUAUUUUGGUUCAAGAGGGCAUUGGUAG